UUUUGCCGUGUUCGCUCGGCACUCUGUCCACCUCGCUGUGCUAACAGCAGUUGACAUCAGGAUUGCGCGAGUCAAGCUUAUUUUGUCAUCCUGCGAUUAUCGGGCCAUUGUUCGCGGCAUUACCUGCGGCACACACCCACACGCACCUCCGCUCACCUUUCUCCUCUUCACACCUGUACGGAAUGAUCGCUUACAGGUGAGACAAAGAGGAAGUCGUCAGACUAACACCAGGACCACAUAAUUCAGACAUGCCGGAAACAUUCCUCACUCCCCCCGGCGAGCAGACCGACCCAGCCGAGCCCGCGCCCGAGAUCAAACAGUCCCAGAUAUCAGCUACUCUCAGAUGGCUGACUGAGAACUACGAGCGGGCGGAGGGCGUGUGUCUGCCGCGGUGUGUCCUGUACACGCACUACCUGGACUUCUGCAAGAAAAUGAAGUUCACACCAGCCGGAGCCGCAAGUUUUGGAAAGGUUAUUCGACAAAAAUUCCCUAAAUUGACAACAAGACGGCUUGGAACAAGAGGACAAUCAAAGUACCACUACUAUGGGAUCGGCAUCAAGGAAACUUCCAUCUACUACCACUCUGUGUAUUCGGGACGCGGACUCACAAGGUUUUCCGGAAUCAAGAUCAAAACGGAGGGAUCAAGUCGGAAAUAUUCUCUGAGCUCCAAAACCGGGACUCUCCUGCCAGACUUCCCCGACUCCCAGAACCUGGUACUGCCAGAUGACGUGGAUAGAGACAAGGUGGAGACUUUUAUCAUGAUGUACCGCACCCAUUGUCAGAGAAUACUGGAUACGGUUAUAAGCGCUAACUUUGACGAGGUGCAGAACUUCCUGCUGCACUUCUGGCAGGGCAUGCCUGAACACCUGGUGGCGCUGCUGCAACUUGACGUCAUCAUGGAUAUUGUUGGGCUGUGCGACUCCAUUUUGUACAAGGUGCUGAUAGAUAUUCUGAUUCCAUCGACGAUUCAAGAUCUUCCUGAAAGUCUGAGUACAGAGGUCCGCUUAUUCGCCAAACGGCUACCUGGGUGGGUGAGAAACUCUAUGGAAGACAUUCCCGAGAAACUCAAAGAGAAGAAGCUUCAAGUUGUGAGAUAUUUCAUCAAGUCGCUAAGAAGACAGACCUCUUUUGUUCAUCUUGCCCAGACUGCGAGAACAGUUCUCCUGAAUCACGACAACAUCACCCAGAUGGUGACCGAUCUGCACGAUCUGGAGCACAGGACCAUCCUGUCACAGGCCAUGUUCCCUUCACCCAACCAGCGCACAGCACACGGCAGACUGUCCAAGGAACUGUUGGAGGAGUUUGAAGGUCUGAUGAGGAAACAGGCACCAGUGGAGGCUUACACAGAGUGGGUAGACAGUGUGGUGGACCGGUGCGUACUCAAGCCAUCAAGACAGAAAGAGCAGACAGUGGAAGACAGAGCACAGGACUUCCUCCUACAGUGGGCCUUUACCACGUCCAAGAUCAUGAGAGACCUAACUCUGAUGAGUGCGCCAAGUUUUGGUUCGUUUCACCUGCUUCACAUGAUGUUGGAUGAGUACGUGUACCUAGUAGUGGAGACCCAACAAGCCAACAACAUGGAAGUUGAUCUGCUCAACAACCUCAAACGGCACAUGAAGACAGCAGGCGAAAUCAGCACCAAACCAAAAGUUCGCCCGACGCCUUCAUCUAACGGCCUCCAGAAGAGCAAAAAGCGGAAAGCAGAGACUGGAGCCGUCAGCUCUGGAGAAGCUCCAAACGACGCUCCAGACCAAACCGCCGUGGGGAGAAGUUCUUCCACCGAUCUGAAUAGCCUGGUGCCUGUGGAGCGUCUCACAGCCUUCUCCCGGCCACAGACGAACGGUUACAGCGGUAACCAGGUCAGCCCGACCGUCAGGUCUCUUCCCGGAUACUUCCCUUCCUCUGCCUCCCUUCCUCACUACACGCCAGUCAACCACUACCCUUCCCCUUCUGCCAGCGCGUUUGAGAGGGGGUUAGACUACUACCACCAGUUCUCUGGUUAUAACGAUCCGUACAGUUCUGUUAGCGCCUUCUCCAGUAGUCCACAGGGCGGCAGGUACGGGGACGCGAUGUCGUACCGCAACACCGGGGCCAUGCCGGCCUUCAACCAAGCAGCGCCGGCAUACUGGCAGAACAGCGGCGGCAUGACGCCGUCCAGCUACGCCGAGAACUUACACAACAAGGGUCUGAUGGGGACGGCCGCUGGGUACGAGAUGGAGAAAAGGAACGAGAUGUACAGAAGCCGUGGUCUGAUACCGCCUGCCGGACCAUAUGAUGAUGCGCAGGGAUACAUCUCAUCUGCAGCCGGAUAUACUUACGGUGGACGGGGAGGAAACGCCAUGGAUUCUAUAUAUGGCAAAGCCAAGUACAUGGAAAUUGUUCCCUCGGAGCCGGUUUAUGGUCCGGAGCGACAGGACACCUUCAUGUCGCGUGAAGAGAUGUAUGCAGCGACUUUGGGAACGUAUCUCCCUCAGAUGAACAAGCCUUACAACAUGGGACCGUACCGCUGAUCAACCAAUCAACACUGACAACAUGGGACCGUACCGCUGAUCAACCAAUCAACACUGACAACACGGGACCGUACCGCUGAUCAACCAAUCAACACUGACAACAUGGGACCGUGCCGCUGAUCAACCAAUCAACACUGACAACAUGGGACCGUACCGCUGAUCAACCAAUCAACACUGACAACAUGGGACCGUGCCGCUGAUCAACCAAUCAAUACUGACAACAUGGGACCGUACCGCUGAUCAACCAAUCAACACUGAAAACAUGGGACCGCUGAUCAACCAAUCAACACUGACAACACGGGACCGUACCGCUGAUCAACCAAUCAACACUGACAACAUGGGACCGUACCGCCGUCAUUUUGAGGUUGGAAAAUGUGGAAAGAGAACGUGAAUGAUUACCUGGAUUUUUGCUUACCUGGACUUUAAAAACAUUCCACAGAACGCGUCGAUGUAGGUUAGACAUCCAGGUAAUAAGAUACGCCAAAAAUAGCUACUCAAGCAACUGGAUAUGGUUUUG